AUGGGGCAUAGGGCGCCGAACGGGCGGGCCCCGGCUGCGGCUCCGGCUCCGUCCCGGCGGCUGACAAGGAGGGUUCUCGUCCUCUUCACGCUGUCGCUCUCCUGCUCCUACCUCUGCUACAGCCUCCUCUGCUGCUGCGGCGGCCCCGUCUCUCCCCGUGCCCGGUGCCCGCCCGCCCGCGCCGCCGCCAAGAAACUUCUGCAGAAGUCGCGGCCGUGCGGGCGGCCGCCCCACGCAGAGCCCCCCGGCAGCGCUGCGCCCGCCCGCCGCCCGCGGGACCCCCUCGGCGGCCCCCCGGGGCCGGCCCGCCCGGGCACCAAGCGUCUGCCGCAGGCCAUCGUGGUGGGCGUCAAGAAGGGGGGGACCCGCGCGGUGCUGGAGUUCAUCCGAGUGCACCCCGACGUGCGCGCUCUGGGCACCGAGCCCCACUUCUUCGACAGGAACUACGACCGCGGCCUGGAGUGGUACAGGAGCCUGAUGCCACGGACCCUCGACAGCCAGAUCACGGUGGAGAAGACCCCCAGCUACUUCGUCACCAAGGAGGCACCACGGCGGAUCUUCAACAUGUCCCGGGACACCAAGCUGAUCGUGGUGGUGAGGAACCCGGUCACCCGGGCCAUCUCAGACUACACCCAGACCCUCUCCAAGAAGCCAGACAUCCCCACCUUCGAGGGACUGUCCUUCCGCAACCGCAGCCUGGGGCUGGUGGACACCUCCUGGAAUGCCAUCCGCAUUGGGAUGUACGCUGUGCACCUGGAGAGCUGGCUCCAGUACUUCCCCCUCUCCCAGAUCCACUUUGUCAGUGGGGAGAAGCUGAUCACAGACCCAGCCGGGGAGAUGGGCAAAGUCCAGGACUUCCUGGGCAUCAAACGGGUUAUCACAGACAAGCACUUCUACUUCAACAAGACAAAAGGAUUUCCUUGCCUGAAAAAGUCAGAGAGCAGUGGCUUGCCUCGCUGCCUGGGCAAGUCCAAAGGGAGGACUCACGUGCAGAUAGACCCCGAGGUGAUCGAGCAGCUUCGGGACUUUUAUAGACCUUAUAAUAUCAAAUUCUAUGAAACAGUUGGGCAGGACUUCAGGUGGGAAUGAGCAUCCAGGAGCAGAGCUGCAGUAACAUGAGGCUGCAGUCUUCCGUGAGGGUGUCCAGGGGGCUGGAGCCAGGACCCCCAGCCAGGCCAGAACCCCUGAGCAGAGGCAGGUGAGGGGCAUGCCCAGUCCUCAGGAGGUUGGGAUGCUCCAGGGCAGACCAAGACAGGGGAAGACACAGCCCUGCCACAGACACAGAAGGAUGAGUGCCCAGCAGGCACUGCCCACUCCAGCAGGGCAGCAGUGCCAUGGCUUGCUCCAGGGGGUCCUGUUUGCUUUUACUGCCACAUGGUCCUGGGGUGGUGGUCCUGUCCUGCAGCCUGUGUGCAGGCUGCUCUAAAGCACAUCCCUUCCCUGUGUCCCAAAGCCAAGAGGUGCUCCUGGACACCCUCGAGUGCAGGCAGUGGCCAUGGGGUUGUCCCUGUGGGGCCGCAUCCCACCACGGUGCUGGGUUGGCAGAGCUCCUUCUGCUCCACUUUGCCUUUCAUCCCUUCAGUGCAGUGUGUAACCAUGAGGACAGUGAGAUGUAUCUGCUUGAAAAGGAAG